AUGGCUCCAACCGUCGUCGAGCCCAUUCGGGCAUCAAUGCUCCUCGACGUCGAGGGAGCCUGUGCUCAUCCAAAUGCCUUGAAGCCGCAAGAAAUCGCUCCUGCUCUUGGAAUCCAAAUCGAAGGCCUCGACAGGUCAUUCGCCGCUCUAUGGAGGGGUGGGAAUGUCAUUGGGAUCGGAUCAACUGAUAAAGAGGAGCAUGGUUCACUGAGAAGAAAGAGAUCAUUGAUUUUACACACCCUUGCCGCAGCACUCUUCAGCUCCCAGGUGCGAGCCCAAGCGACUUCAAAUGCAGCGCCAAACGUAUACCUGGUGACUCCUCAUACCUCUCAAACACUUCCAAUGCUCCACGUUCUUCUGGCAAACAUCAUCUCUGAUUCUCAAGCCGCGAUCGAGCUUCUCAAACCCGUGCGACUGUUACAGUAUUUUGACCUCGCGGGACUGGCAGAGAGCUUGGCGGAGAUCAGUCAAGAUCUGUUCCGAAGGAGCCAUGCGACCCACGAGCCGGUGACAGCAGACGUUGGCAGAUGCACUCUGCCCAAAGACAUCGUCUUGAUCCAAGGCUUAGGUCAGACUGUGUCAGCCACACAUCGUCGGAGUGGCCUCGUUCAAAGCAACGCGUUGCUUGGGAACCUGAUGAGAAAUAUCACGCAAAUUUCACGGAUAUCAAGAGACGUCCUUGUCCUUGUGGACGUUGCUCUUGAGGCUGGGGUAGCCCACGGCCCGCAGUCGCAUCAAGAUGCAGCAAGAGCUAGGAGGAUGCAUGGGACUAUCCAACUCGAGUCGGUGUUUGCCGGUUCUAACGGUGAGACUUUGAGGCUUUACUGUGGACAUGAAUCAUUAGCGAGGACACUGGAGGCAAAUCUCGAUCGAAUUGUUGUCGCGCACGACGGCUUCGGGCGAGUCCAAGAAAGAGGGAGGCUGAACAGGCCUGGGGAGCAGGUAAUUGAGGUGGUCAAGGAUCGAAUGGGCGACUUGAUCGGUCUUUGGGGCAUUUGGAAGGGAGGAUGA